AUUCAAGGUCCAUUUCGAUUGAACGGAUUGCAUCAAAAAGGCGAUAUUAUUUUGGGGGGUAUUUUUGAAAUAAGUUUUCAAACAAUUUUACCUGAGCUGAACUUCACUUACAAACCUGAACAAUGGAGGUGCAACAGGUUAGAAGUGUCACUCUUUCAAAGAGUGCAGGCAAUGGUCUUUGCAAUUGAAGAAAUAAACAGUGAUGAAACACUUUUGCCCAACAUUACUCUGGGCUACCGACUGUAUGAUAAUUGUGUUAAUCUGCCUGUAGCACUUGGUGGUGCGGCUGCUUUAAUCAACGGCCUGGAGGAAGAAUUUAUUGAAUCUGACUGCACAGGAAUUACCCCAGUGUUAGCAAUUGUUGGAGAUCCCACAUCAACACAUUCAAUGGCUAUAUCUAAACUACUAAGCCCUUUUCAAAUUCCUCUGGUAAGCUAUUAUGCCACAUGUUCCUGUUUGAGCAAUAAACAAGAAUACUCAUCUUUCUUUAGGACGGUCCCAAGUGAUAACUUUCAGGUUAAAGCCAUUAUACAAAUUAUCAAACAUUACGGUUGGACUUGGGUUGGCGCAAUAGCAAGUGAUGAUGACUAUGGUCAAUAUGCCAUAAGGAACUUCAGUGAGGAAUUCAAGGUUUUUGGAUGCCUCUCUUUCCUGGAAACACUCCCUAAACUUAAUGAAAAGGAAAAAAUCUUUCAGAUUGUUAACUCCAUUAAACAGUCAAGUGCAAAUGUUGUUGUUAUAUUUGCACCUGAAGUAGAACUGAUGCCUUUGGUCCAAGAAAUCGUUCACCAGAAUAUUACUAGCAUACAGUGGAUUGCUAGUGAAGCAUGGAGUACCUCCACUGUGUUAGCCAGCAAGGAAAACUUUAUUUCAUUUGGAGGAACAAUAGGUGUGGCAGUUCGCAGGGGUUUAAUCCCUGGUCUGCAAAAUUUUCUUCUUCAGGUUCAACCUGAUUUUGAUCCUGACAACAAUUUAUCAGUCCAGUUCUGGGAAGCAUUGUUUGACUGCCAAUUUCAAGAAAAUAAAAUGAUACAGAAUUCGUCUACAGCUGCAGGAAUAAAAAAAUGUACAGGGGAAGAGGAGAUCAUUAACCUGAAAACGGCGUACAGUGAUGUAUCAGAACUACGUGUAUCUUAUAAUGUUUAUAAGGCAGUUUAUGCUCUUGCUCAUGCUCUUCACAACUUAAUGUCCUGUAGAAAUGGAAAAGGGCCCUUUGAAGGCAAAACAUGUGCAAACAUUGCAAAUGUGCAGCCAUGGCAGCUUUUGCAUUACCUGAGGGAAGUCAGCUUUACAACCCAUUUGGGUGAAAAAGUGGCUUUUGAUGAAAAUGGGGAUGCAAUUGCAAUUUAUGACAUAAUAAAUUGGCAGCGAGCAAAUGAUGGAAGUGUCAGAAUUGCAGACAUUGGUAUUUUUGAUCAAUCAGCAGAAGUAGGAAAAGAGGUUUCUUUAAAUGAAGAUGCCAUAUUUUGGAAUUCGGAUACUGGCAAGGCUCCAGAGUCUGUUUGCAGUAAGAGCUGUGAAUCUGGUACAAGAAAAGCCAGCAAAAAAGGACAACCUGUAUGCUGUUUUGAUUGUGUACCCUGUGCAGAUGGGGAAAUUAGCAACCAAACUGAUUCCAUAAUCUGCCUUAAAUGCCCAGAUGACUUCUGGUCAAACGAAGAGAAGGAUCAAUGUAUUUUGAAAGAAGUUGAAUUCCUGUCAUUUGAAGAUGCUAUGGGGAUCACCUUAACAACAACGGCAUUAGUGGGUGCUGGCCUUUCAAUUUGUGUGUUAGCCAUUUUUAUAAAGUACAAAAACACACCUGUUGUAAAAGCAAAUAAUUCAGAACUGAGCUUUCUUCUGCUAGUGUCAUUAACUUUUUGUUUCCUUUGUUCAUUGACUUUCAUUGGACAACCAUCCACUUUAACCUGUAUUCUAAGGCAUGUUGUUUUUGGAAUCAGCUUUGUUCUUUGUGUUUCCUGCAUUCUUGUAAAAACAAUUGUUGUGAUAGUAGCCUUUAGAGCUAAUAUGCCAGGAAAUAAUAUGAUGAAAUGGUUUGGUGCUGCUCAGCAGAGAGGCACCAUAUUCUUUUUCACUUCAGUUCAAUCUAUGAUUUGCGCUAUAUGGCUGAGUGUGGCAGCUCCUGUACCAGCUAAAAAUAACAAAUAUCAGAAUUCUAAAAUUAUACUGGAAUGCGAAGUUGGGUCUGUAACUGGAUUUAGUUUUCUGCUGGGGUACAUUGGCCUCUUAGCUUGUGCAUGCUUUGUCUUAGCUUUUUUGGCUAGAAAUCUGCCAGACACUUUCAAUGAAGCCAGAUUCAUCACUUUUAGUAUGCUCAUCUUUUGUGCUGUAUGGAUAACAUUUAUUCCAGCUUAUAUCAGCUCUCCUGGGAAACAUACUGUCGCCGUAGAGGUUUUUGCAAUACUGGCAUCAAGUUUUGGACUUCUUUUCUCGAUAUUUGCACCUAAAUGUUACAUAAUUCUUCUGAAGCCUGAACAAAAUACAAAGAAGGUUCUUAUGACUAAGGGGAAAAUCUAA